CCUGCUGUAUACAUAGCUUUCUCCAACAGAAACUCUAUUGCUGAUAAAAGUCCUUACUCUCAAUGCCCUACUGUAGGUAUUUUCAUUCUUUUAAUUAGUUAAGGGAAUGGUUUAAAUUUCUAGGGAUGGAAAUUUACAUUUUUAAAAGAAAUUUAUAUUAGGAAACAGGGUAAGCAGCAAGAAGAGAACAAGAAGGCAACAAAAUAUUUGUUUUAAGAGUUUUUUUCCUGCAGGACUUGGGCUAACCCCUGGCUAAGUGUUCCCUUUCUCAAAGCCCCAGGUCUCUAUUCCUUUCCCAGCAUCAUUAACUUUUGGAGGAGACUUAGGUCCCGGUUUAAUGCUCUGGUGCUGAAAAAUACUGUGCUGCCUCCGGAAAGACUGGGGGUCAGGGUCUGGGUCUAGGGAAUGCACCUGGCAGUGCUCAGGGAACCCCGUGGUACUGGCUCUCAACUGGCUCUCAGGUGCAAUACAUGAGCCCUCUAAACUACCUGUCCCCUGGGUUUUUUGUUUGUUUGUUUGUUAUAUUUGUUAUGGGGCCAGACCCAGUAUUCUUAGGGUUUACUCCUGGCUCUGCAUUCAGGAAUUGCUCCGGGCAGUGCUUAUGGAGAAUAUAUGGGGUGCCUGGAUAACAUAGGUCAGCAGCCUGCAAGGCAAGCUCCCUACCCGCUAUACUAUAUCGCUAAGAUCCCCUACCCUGUCCUCCCCUCACUCCACUAGUGAAUUAAAAAAAAUAAUACACAAGAAAUCUAAUACUGAUUAAGCUGACAGCUAUUUUCAUCUUGAGAAGGAAGCCCAGGCUAUGUUUCUCUGACAUCAAGAUGUAUUUGUAGCUGAAAGGAAUUAAGAAGCACCAAAUGCAAACAAACCUCCCCCUUUCUGUCUAAAGGCAGCAAAUGGAUUCGGUCAGUACUAGAAUCAGAUUAGCUUGGAAAGGGACCAAAGGAAACGAUGGACAAAUCCAAUCACCAGGUGUGGAAGGUCACUUCAGAGGUAUAGGUGGAGCCUUGAUCACCUGGAUGACGGGCCCAGCUGGCUCUGGACACCAUCCCUUGGUUUAAUGGCCCUCAUUCUUAGAGCAUAAUAAAGAAAUGCUCCCCCACCCACAUUUAUAAAAGAGGAAUGGUGUUUGGAGUCCUGCUUUAGGAGACCCCACCCGUAAUCCGGGAGUUUGCCCGCUGCCUUUUCCUAAAUAGUCUUUUACAGAACUCAGCCUUUUGUUUUCUGUUCCUUGCUUUCAAUUUUGACUGAGGAUAAGAACCCGAACACCUGUGACUGCUCCAACACUGGCACUUUUCUACAGAUGCAUCACUUGGUCGAAUAACUGUGCAAGCCUCAGUUUAAAGCAUCGGCUUUGUCAUUUUUUGGUUGGCUUUCUCACUUGUGAUGUGUGUCCUAUAUGUUGUCCUAUAUGUAAAUCACCUCUGUUUUUUCUCUUGUUAAUCUGUUUUACUGUUUCUAGGGUCUAGCCACAUAUGAAAGAAGGUUGAAUUCAAUAUUUACUUCCUCAAAAUUUGGUAAUUUUUCUAAGAAUGUGGGGUGGAGUAAUUUAUUAUGAGUACGGAAAAACAAACAUGGGUGCAAAAAAAUCCGAAUCAGUAGCUGGAGAGAAUUCCCCUGUAUAAAAUGCCUUAUUAAAAUCCAAUACCCCUGUAUAAAAUGCCUUAUUAAAAUCCAAUACCCCGGUAUAAAGUGCCUUAUUAAAAUCCAAAUCAGUAGCUGGAGGGAAUACAGGGGUAUUGCAUACUGCAAGCCCUGUAAAUCCCCAUUCUUACAUAUGAUCCUCAGAGCGACCCCAGCAAUGAUGGCUGAGCACCACCAAGCAUCCAACCUGCCCCCCCCCAACCUCCAAAAAACUUUUUCACUGAUAUGGUGGCAGAGGAAAAUGUGAUAAGAAACUUUUGUGGUUAAUAUAGAUGAAUAUAAUUAAUACAUUAAUCAAACACCCUAAAAUCUGCAUCCUUUAUGGCAAUGCAUUUAAUGUUACUUUGUCCUUAGGAAAUAAAUUAUAUAUAGGUUCCCUUUAAAACAGAAAAAAAUGGUACAUACCUUUUUGGGAGAGGUUUGGGCCAUGCUCAGCUGUGCUCAGGACUUCUGGGAGGGGGUGCCUGGGGAGAGUUCAUGGGGUUGAUAGAUUGAAUCUGGGCCUGGGAAGAUGCAAGGCAAGGCCCUAGCACUGUCCGCUCCCCAACCCUGAAAAUGCAUUGCAAAAUACUAUGGAAUUCAAGGAAAAAAAUAGCACUGAGACUGUUCAUGAUGGGAUGCUAUGCAGACACGUGGAAAUUUUGUAUGUUUUAAACUUUGAAUAGAUUCCUUUGAUAAAGAUAACAUUAAAAUACGGAAUAAGAGACAGAAUAGUUUCGACGCUCAGAUUAACCAGAGAUAUCCUGGGCCGCGCUGUGUGGCUGGGGCUGAGAGCACUGUGGUUGGCAGAGCAGGGAGUAGGCUCUGAGCACUCUUGACUGUGCCCACCCGCCCCCAUUAUGCAUAUUGAUUGAGAAACAGCUAAGGAGUUGGGUAAAACUAUUCUAUAUGGAAAUCAUAAGAGGUAGAAAGCUUAAAAUGAAACCUUAAUAUUCAAAGGGAACAAAAAUCAGUAAUAAAAACAAUAUAAAGGGUUACAAGGCUGUAUCAAGACUUUACAAAUAAAUAUAUGCACGUGUCUGUUCAUUCAACGAUCUCACUUGCUCCUAGCAGUAACCCUUAUGCCAUGAGAUACCAGAUUUGGGCUUUUAUAUUAUUAUUUUGCAUUUUCCAUAUUUAUGUUUUGCAUUCACAUUUAGUAACAUCUGUACUAUGAAUAAACAUUCUGUAAUAGGUGUAGGAAACGCUUAUAAAAUAACCUACAUGAAAUAUAUGAAAAAGGAAAACAAAAACGUCAGACUUCCCCUCCCCCCCACGGAGCGAUUUCCCGCCUUCAGUCCUGGGGUUCUCAACUCGGUCCGCCAACCGCCCUAUAAAGGCCUGCCCCGGCGGAGCCCGGCCACUGAGCUCCAGAGACUCACAACCGACAGCAUGUCCGGACGCGGCAAGGGCGGGAAGGGCCUGGGCAAGGGCGGCGCCAAGCGCCACCGCAAGGUGCUCCGCGACAACAUCCAGGGCAUCACCAAGCCCGCCAUCCGCCGCCUGGCCCGGCGCGGCGGCGUCAAGCGCAUCUCGGGGCUCAUCUACGAGGAGACCCGCGGGGUGCUCAAGGUCUUCCUGGAGAACGUCAUCCGCGACGCCGUCACCUACACCGAGCACGCCAAGCGCAAGACCGUCACGGCCAUGGACGUGGUCUACGCGCUCAAGCGCCAGGGCCGCACCCUCUACGGCUUCGGCGGCUAAGUCUGCUUGGUGCUUCUCGAAUCUCCCAACACGGCCCUUUUCAGGGCCACCAUUUUUUCACGAAGGAGCCUCGGCACGCGUUUCCCACCAGAUGCUCAGUGGCGGGGUCCGGGGCGGGCGGACGCUUUGCAGGCGCAGCUCCGGCCGUGCAUGUCUUCUCCCCUGGUUGCUCUGCGCCGCCUCGUGGCAGUGUCGCAGGCGCUGGGGUCGCCGCCUCUACGGCGGCAGCAGCAGAAAGGGCGUUAAGUUCCUGCCCAGACUAGAAAGCGAGGAUGCUGGGCGGCAUUACUUGCUUGUAUUACCACGGAGCUUUGCGAGUUUGUUCUAAACUCGUUCUGCUUAUGGACCACCCCUGCGCGCUCCGGGGACCACGUCGGCCGGGUGCAAGGCAAACGCUUACCUGUUGGUCUAUUCUCGGUCCCAACGUGACGGGAUCUUAAUUUGCUGUUUACAAAGCAAUAGGAGGUGACGUUUGCACGAUCAUUUGGAGCCGAUGGCUAGGGGUCAAACUUUUCCCGUUAAGUCACUUUUUGGGUUCCUGUAUUUUAUUUUUUGACACAUUGUUGGAACUAUGAUAAUAGUUUCAGCCCACAGGGCUGCACUGAAGUUUCAUGAAGGUGCAAAACAGUUAUGAGUGGUUUAGUUAUAUGUCAACCCUUACACAUAUAAUUAUAACCCGCCUCAGGUCUGUGGUUGCUGCCUCUGAGAAGCUUAAAUUUUUCUUGUGAAACUGGAGAGGUCACACCCUCAGUCUGAAUUGGUGCUUGCUCCAACCAGAGUUUGACCUGUAAGCAAAUCCUUACUCUAAGCAGCCACGUUCUACUGAUUAUUCUGCUAACCAUUGCAUGAUUAUUUCCGAGGUGCCACCUUGUUUAACGGAGUAAUGGGAAAUAACUCAAUAUGCACCCACUCCCCAAACACUCUCCAAAUGGAAAUAAUUGCCUUGAAAAUUCUUACCUUUUCAGGUGUUAAGUGACCGGCAUGAGGAACAUCAGCUAAUAGUAUUGGUCCCACAGACCUUUUCAAAUGGGGAAGGUGGGUGGGAACCAGAGCUUCAUGCUAAAUAUCAGCUUGAGAAUUUCAACUUUAAAUGCCAGGGCCCUCAAAGGUUACAGAAUUCAGCCACAAAGCAUUGGUAGCACAGGACAGAAGGAGUCCUUCCUUGUUUUAGCAGAAUACCCUAUGUCUGGCUAAUUGGUGUUGCUCACUAAUUUAUUUGCCAGAUAGCUGUGCAUUUUGCUUUUUUGAUUAAAGGAUAAUGGAGCCAGAAUAGUUAUCAGUGGGGGAUCGAAGUAUGGUACUUGUAGUCUGUAGUGAAUCAUGAGUGCAUGCAUGUAUCUUAGCAUAUUUAGUGUUCAACACAUUAAAUAUAAUCAUGCCUCAAAUACUGUAUUUAAUGUAGCUUGGUAUUUUUUUCUAUAUACUUAACAUUCUAUAUGUUAAAAAAACAUUUUCCCCUCUAUAGAUUAAUUUCACUAAAUCUCUGCAAAGAAUUGCCAAAAGGAACUCACUAGGCAUGUGACCUGGUGUUAGUAAUUGAAUAUAGAAUUAUGGGGGUGCUGGGGAUCGAACCUGGGUCUGUUAUGUGUAAGGCAAGUGCCCAACGUGCUGUACUCCCGCCCCUGUGCUCUGGCCCGUUUUCUGUUUGUUUCGUUUUUGCAUUUUAGCCACAGUGGGCAGUGUGCGUGGGAUCACUAUUGGUGGUUCAUCCAAAUAUGAAACAUGGACUCCCAUCAGUCCUUUGAGCCUUCUGCCUGGCCUCAACUGUCUUAUGUUUGUUUAUGGGCCGCAUCCGGCAGCGCUUAGGACUUACUCCUGAACCAACACUCAGGGAUCAGUCCUGGAGGGUGGGGCCGAGGUGGGGGUGGAGGGGCCAGGAAUAUGGGGGUGCUGGGGAUUGAACCUGGGUCUGUCUCGUCCAAGGUGCUAUACUCCUGCUCCUGUGCUCUGGCCUGUCUUUUUGGAUUGUUUUUCAGACCCCACCUGGCAGUGCUCAGGGUGUACUCGGGGUCACGUAAGGCAAGUAGUGCCCUAUCCUCUGUACUAUCUCUUCAGCCCCUAUAGCCUUAUUCUUAAAACUACCUGUCAAUUUAUCAAUUCUUAAGAUAUAGUUCUAAAAUUGUAAGAAUAUGAGGGAAAAAAAAGCUGAAAGUAUAAGGAUGUAUGAAGUAAGUAACUUUAAUCACAAUUCUGUGAGUUCAUUCAAUUCCAAGUGUUUACUUCUUUUGGUGAUCUUGGGCUGGUUUGAAAAUCAGUCCUGUGUAAUUGGUAUAUUAUAAUACAGUCAUUGAUGCCAUAACACACUAUUUCGAUGCUCUGGACCAUUCAGUCUCAGGUCUUUCUUGUAUUUUGUGAUGGGGGCUUUAGAGAAAAAUCUAUAGAGAAUAAAUGCUUGUUAAUGGCAUGUCUGGUUAAUUGACUCUAUCAGUACAAAAUAGGAUAGGAUUAUCAGAAAUGACAUCAUAAAUACUGAGGACCAGAAAAAGGCCUUCUGAUGAAUUAAUUUCAUAAAGUACU